AAUUUGAUUUGUCUUUAUCAUUAUUCAUUAGCGAGGAUCCUUCAAAACUCAUAAGUAUUUUUCCAAAAACUCAAACACGACGGAAGCGCCUAAGUUCUUCAGUAACAAUCAUUGAAUCCCACAUUUUUGUGCUGAAGAACUUCACGAGGAGCACUCUUUUCCCACGAUCACGUUUCUCAUACGAACUUUUGAUUCACGAAAUCUUCAAGAUAAGAGUUGUUAAACCCACAUUUGGUUUCCUCGAAAUAUUUCUGGGGUUUUGUUUUUUUCCUUUCGCAAAAGCAGUUUUCAGAAUGCAAGCUAAUUUUGGAGUUUAAUUUGCUUUGUCACUAUGAAAUCUGAAGAAUAUAAAAGAAGGGGUCAUAGAAAACCAAAUGAGUGUAUGAGGGCAAUUGUAACAAUCAUAGUUGGCAUUGUUUUCGGGUUCUUCAUUGGAGUAUCAUUUCCUGCUUUUUCACCACCAAAGCUUAAACUCAUACCUCCAAUUGAUACGUAUCUUGGAGACAAAAAUUCGGGGCGUUCUACACAAACAAUCUUAAAUGUGAUUUCAGUUACAAGGGACAACGUGUCAACUGAUGCUAGAAAAAUUGAUGAUCCUUCAUUGAUUUAUGUUUCAUCUAAUCCCCGAGGUGCAGAAAGAUUACCUCCAGCAAUACUUGCUUCUGAAUCAGACUUCUUUCCCCGAAGAUUAUAUGGUAAACCAAGUGAGGAUUUAACAUUCAAACCAAAGUAUCUUGUGACUUUCACAGUUGGUUAUAAUCAGAAAGAUAACAUUGACGGAGCGGUCAAAAAGUUCUCAGACAACUUUACAGUCCUUCUCUUCCAUUAUGAUGGCCGGACAACCGAAUGGAAUGAAUUCGAGUGGUCAAAACGAGCUAUUCACAUAAGCGUCCCAAAGCAAACAAAAUGGUGGUAUGCGAAAAGAUUUCUGCAUCCUGACAUUGUUGCUCCAUACGACUUCAUAUUUAUCUGGGAUGAAGAUCUUGGAGUUGAGAAUUUUGAUGCUGAAGAAUAUAUUAAACUUGUGAAGAAGCAUAAAUUGGAGAUAUCACAGCCUGGUUUGGAUCCUAGUAGUAAGGGUUUGACAUGGCAGAUGACUAAGAGAAGAGAAGAUCUUGAAGUUCAUAAAGAAACUGAGGAAAAACCGGGCUGGUGUAGUGAUCCACAUUUGCCUCCAUGUGCAGCGUUUGUAGAAAUCAUGGCUCCUGUAUUUUCUCGAGAAGCUUGGCGUUGUGUGUGGCAUUUAAUUCAGAACGAUUUGGUUCAUGGAUGGGGUCUUGACUUUGCCCUUAGAAAAUGUAUUGAGCCUGCAUACGAAAGGAUUGGAGUUGUAGAUGCACAAUGGAUUACUCAUCAAGGCGUGCCUUCACUUGGAAAUCAGGGAAAAGAAGAGAACGGAAAAGCGCCCUGGGAAGGGGUGAGAGAGAGGUGUAAGAAUGAGUGGAAGAUGUUUCAAGAUCGUGUAGCCAAGGCAGAAAGAGACUAUUACAAGUCGGUUGGUAUUGGAUCCACGGAUCAUGAUGCAAAUUGGGUGACACCCGAUAGAAUUCAGUAGUGUUUUAGUGAUCAUUGAUAUGCUUACUUAUUAUAGAUCACAUAGUAUAUGAUGAUUUAGAGGUGAAUCUUUACUAUAUACAAAUUUAUGGGUAUUAAUGGAAAGAUGUUUUUCUUAGAGGGUAGAAAGGUAAUUACGUAACUCGU